AUGAACACACUACCGAAUGGAAAUCAUAUUGGAGGCAACUACGCUUCUUAUCGUAGCUCACCAGUGAGAGUCUCCUCAAGGCGCAUAACUAGUCGACGUGCAUUCGCCAACUCACACCAUAACUCUUUAAAAGGGAACAAUUCAAGGGUCGUUGCAACUAGGCAGAGUUCAAUUGAUUCUUCAAUAGAUGGCAAAGCAAUCCGAAGUAGGCGGUUUUUUAGUAACGGCCCCUUCACGAAUCGUGGGUCUGCCAUAGAGGGUACUUCAGAAAAAUCUAUUAUUUCCGAGGAAAGCAACUCGGAGAAUUAUGACAUAGAAGAAAAAAAUUGGAAAGAAGAGCGUAAGAUCAGGGAGAGAAGGCUUGCAGAAAUUAAAGUAGAACAUAACGCGAUUAAGAAGAGGUUUUUCGAAGCCAAGGAAAAAGACUUAGAUAAGGAAAAAGACGAUAUAUUGCAUUUUUUGCAUCCUGAACUUGUGCGAUUAAAUGAAAAAAAAGAUGAAGAUCGUCAACGUCGUGAAGUAAACGCAGAACGAAGACGAAAAUUACGAGAUGAAGCGAUCGAGAUAAAUUUUGAGGCACAAAUAAGUCACUCGACGGGACAAUAUAUGGAUAAACGACGUGCUCUAAGAAAAUCUAUGCUGCAGGAGAUGCUAUCAAAAAAAAAUCGAUUAAUUUAUGAAUAUUCACAGAGUAAACUAAAAUCAAAAGAGAUGACUUCAAUAGAUGAAAAAGAAGAAACAAUUAUCAGAAAGAUGGAAGAUGAUGUUUCGCCAGAGUCUCUGGAAGAACAACAACAAGAAGAAGACUUGAGAUUAAUUCGUGAAUCGAUACAGAGUAAUAUGAUGUUGAUGACAAAUCCAACGCCAAAACCUACAACACCUUCAAUUUCUACGCCUAUAUCGACGUUGUCGAAUUCACAAUCGACAAGAUCUAUAGUCUCCAAUAGUACGCAAAAUCAAUCAGCUCGUGAUUAUCCGGGGAGAGAAAAUAGUGAAAUCCCAAUAAUGCUUAAUAAAAAUAUUUCAAUCGUUAAUGCAUGGCUCGCAACGGAAGAAGGUUACGAAUCAGAUAAAGAUAAUAAUUCUCAUCAACAAAACCUAUCGGCCAAAUGA